GAGAACUUCGAAGAAGCGUUCCGGUACUACACGCUCGCGGCGGAUCAAGGCAUUGCCGAUGCGGAGACUGGCCUUGGCUGCUGUUACCACAAUGGAGAAGGCACGGAAGUCGACCUCGGCAAAGCCAGAUACUGGUUCGAGCGCGCCGCUGCCAAGGGCAACGAGCCAGCUAUGAGGAACCUC